CGGUUUUCUAGAAAUUUUUAUUCUAUUAUAAGAGCAUUUUUUUUUCGUAUAUCAUAAUGUCGCUAACGAAUGAUUUUAUCUAUAAAUCUUAAAUUUUUCUUGUUUUAAGGUUUAAAUGUUCUAAGUACAGCAUUACAACAACGUAAAUUACCACUUCGAUCUUUUAAUCUUCAAUCAUGUUCAAUAACACAUAAAAGUUUAUAUGGUUUUAAUUCAUCAUUGAUUAAUAAUAAUUAUAUAUUGAAAAAUCUUAAAAUUCUUGAUCUAUCUGGAAAUCGUAUUAAAGAAGAAAAUUGUAUUACAAUUCUAUUUUCUAAUAAUGAAAAUGUAUUAGAAGAAUUACAUUUAAGUGAUAUUGAAUUUAAUCUUGAAUCGUUUUUUUAUUCAUUAGCAGCAUUACCAUGUAAACUUCGUCGUUUAUAUAUAACUUCAAUAAAAUCUUCAAUUUCAUCAUCAAUAUCAGGUGGUGUCAAAUUAUUUUUUACAAAAACUCAAUUAUUAGAAAUUUUACAAUUAUCAAAUGCUAAUUUAUCCAAUGAUUUUCUUAGAGAAUUAUGUGAAGGUCUUCAUUCCAAUAUGCAUUUAAAAAAUCUUGAUUUAUGUCUUUCGGGAAAUCAACUUGAAUCAUUUAUUCAUGAAUGUGCAUCUCGUUUUGCAACUAUUCCUUGUUUAAAUACGCUUGAUAUUAGUGGAUGCGGUAAGAAAAUUUAUUAG